AUGCUGCUGCUGCUGCUGCUGGCGCUCUCCGGGCUGCGGAGCGGAGACACCCUCUCCCUCGCCCAGGAGCACCUCCAGGUCGUCCCGGGACCCUCACACGCCAGUCCGAACAGCUCCAGACUCCAGGAUCUGAGGAAACGCUACGAAGAUUUGCUGACCAGGCUUCGAGCAAACCAGACCUGGGAGGACUCGAACCCUGACCUCAUCCCUGCCUCUCACAUCCAGAUUCUCACCCCAAAGCUGAGACUUGGACCAGGCGGCCGCCUGCACCUGGGCAUCCCCAGGGCCAACCUGUCUAAGGGGCUCCCCGCAGCCUCCCGCCUGCAACGGGCCCUGCUCAGGCUGUCCUCCCCAACGGAGUCGCGCACGUGGGAUGUGACGCAGGAGCUGCAGCGUCAGAUCGGCUUCGGCGUCUCCCGGGAGCCCGCCCUGCGUCUGAACUGGCUGCCGCCGCCUGAUCGGUUGCGGGCGGCGGCAUCGACUGCCGCGGGGCUGCGGCUGGAGCUGCACUGGCGGCCACGCGCCGGCAGGGGGCGCCGCAGCACGCAUGCGCGCGCCCCGGACGGCUGCCCGCUCGGCGAGGGCCGCUGCUGCCGCCUGCGGAGCCUGCGCGCGUCGCUGGAGGACCUCGGCUGGGCCGACUGGGUCGUGGCGCCGCGCGAGCUGGAUGUGCGCAUGUGCGGCGGCGCGUGCCCGAGCCAGUUCCGGCCGGCCAGCAGGCAUGCGCAGAUGCUGGCGCGCCUGCACCGCCGGAAGCCCGAGGGCGUGCCCGCGCCCUGCUGCGUGCCCGCCAGCUACGAGCCGGUGGUGCUGCUGCACCGGGACAGCGAGGGCCGCGUGUCCCUCACGCCCUUCGACGACCUCGUGGCCAGCGACUGCCACUGCAUGUGA